AUGUUCGCCCUCUUCCGCGGCCACCCCAACAAAGACCUCGCCGACCUCGCCGAGCACCACCUGCAACAUGAUCUCCAGCCCGAAGACCGCGAACGCCUGCGCAAAGCCGCCUCCAAAGUCUCGACGCACACCACGAUCGGCACUUUUCUGGGCCUCGGUCUCGGCAUCGCCUUGGCCUGGCGCAUCCGGCAGAACCGCCAGCAACUGUUCAACGCGUUCAAAAUGAUGGCCAAGCCGGUGGAAGUAGUAUUUGCCAACGGUCGGAGGGAACCAGUCCCAGAUCUAGAACCCCUCCUCCGCCCUACGCGCUGGGGUGACAUCGCCACUUACACCGUCUUUGGCAUCGGGUGCUCGAUGCUCGGCGGCGAGACCGGCUUGCUGACCGGGUCGGCAGCAGCGACUCGCACCAUCACUCGCGACCCCGAGUCUCGGAAGCGCAUCGAGGAUGCCUUCCGCUUGUUCCAGAUCGAUGUGCUGAAGCGCCAGCUGGAGAUGCUCGAGCGGGAGGUCAAGGAGAGGGGCGGCGCGGCGGGGAGAAAGGAGACGGACUCGGAGUUUGCUUCUAGCUGGGAGAAGUUGAAGGAUCAGGCGGGCGGGAUGGUGAGCACCUUGAAGCCUUCCGAGUGA